CGCAUCACACCACAUCGCACCACAUCGCACCACAUCGCACCGCAGUGCAUCCCAUCGCACCGACAGCAGCAGCGCCGCUCCUGAAUCUGGCCCGCACCAUGAGCGAGCCCACGCCAGAGUCGUCCGCAGCCAAGACCCCAGAUGACGAAGCCUUGCCCGAGGCUAGUGUAUCCCACCCACUGCCAGGGAUCGACGUUUCCGAGGAGGAACCAGGGCCGUUGCCUGACAUUCAGAACGCACAGGAUGCUGUACCCGGAGUGGAAGCUGAGGCAAUCCCGGAUAUCGAAUCCACCAGGGCCGCCGAGUCCUCAGCGAAAGUUCAACCAGCGCAGCGUGCUGAAACACCACGGCCCAGCGAGCCUGUCCAAGAUGCCGGGCCGGCGCACGGCAAUGAGCCAGUCCAGGCCCCAGAGUUAGCUUUGGCAUCAGCUUCGGUCGGCAUGCUAGCCGCAAAAGCCAUGGAAAUCCAAUUUUCGGUUGAGGAGCAGAUUCUCGAUGUCAAACUGCAGCUCGCCGCAAGAUCGAGUGAGCUGGCCCAGGCCACCGAGCAGCUGGCUUUGCAGAAAGCCGACAACGCCAGGAUCCGCAAGGAGUACGAGGAAAAGCUGAAGCGAAUGAAGGGCAUGAUGGCAUCGGCGACAAAAGCGCUUGCAGAGCACAAACAGACGAUCGCUACAGGCGAGGCGCUUGCACAGGAGAAGGAUACGCAGACUCAAUGUCUACAGAGGGAGUUGGAGUCGCUCCGGGAAGAAAAUGCAGAGCUCAAAGCAACGGUCGAUAGGCUUGAGCAGGCUGUUACUCUGGAGAAAGAAACAGCGAAAGCAUCCCAGAUCCAGCUGGAAAAGGACUACUUGGUCACUAAGCAGGAGCUCGCCGACCUCAAAACCGAAUUCUCCAGCUAUAAGAACAGGGCACACGUUGCGCUGCAAAAGGCAAUCAGCGGGUCGUCGUCGGAAGCGCGUAUUGCAGAACUGGAACAGGACAAACUGGAUCUCGAGGUCACCAAAACCGCCGCUCUGAGCAGACUCUCUCACGCCAACGUCCAAAUCCAAGCGCUUGAGGAGGAUGCCAAUGCAGCAUCAACAAGAGCGCAGUUUCUCGAGGCCAAGGCGAGCAAACUGACAGACGAGCUCCAUUCGGCAAGUCUACACAUAGCGCGCCUAAACGAGAAGAUCAAUGAUUUAUCACAGCAGAACGAAAGGUUCGCGGGAGAACAUGACGCAGCCCAAGCAACAAUGGAAGCCGAUAUCGCUGCCACGAAACAAGGGUUUGUGCAGCUCCAGGAGCAACUGGAGGAGCAGCUUGCGCAAAAAACGGCCGAAUACGAAUCGUUGGAGCGAAUAUCUGAGACCCUCAGCAGCGAACUCUCGGCUCUCCGCAAACAGCACGAGCGCCAGGCAAAGCAGCUCCUGGACCUUCAAUCUGCACCCAACGCCGCUGCCGUAUCUGUCCCAGAGCCACAGGGAGGUGACUUGUCUCGCGGCUCGUCCAUCGUGACUUCUCCAGUCGACUAUAGAGACCCGAACGGCCACCUGGAUGAUACCACAAGCGAAAGAAUGAACACAGCCUCGUCAUCGUUGUUGGAUCUCCUCAGCGUCUCCAUCAACACCCCCAACAGCUCCUUCAAGAACACAUCAAAGUCAUUCAAAGAAAAGGAGCUUGAGCUCCAGUUGGAACAAAUGGCCGAACUACUCAAUGAGAGUGAAACGACCGUCAAGCAACUGACGAAUCAAGAAGCGGUCCUAAAGGAAGAGUUGCGAAGGUUGGAUCGGUUCGAGAAGAGGCAGAAUCUCAGUGGCGAAUACCUGAAGAAUAUCGUCAUGUCAUUUCUGGAGUCCGAAGCCCGAGAGCCCUUGAUCCCAGUCAUAUCGAAUCUGCUCCAUCUUUCGUCUGAGGAGGUGGCAAGGCUCAAGAAAGCAGUGGCAUCAAGUCAAGAACAGCCCCUGACCAGCUAUAAUUUUGGAUUCUUUUGAUCCGUGACAUGGAACGAGUACCCAUCAUCCUUGUAUCGAAGCUCUACAUAACUGUU